GGGGUUGAGCAGGCCGCGGAGCGGGGAGGGGCCGUCCCGUCCCGUCCCGUCCCGUCCCGUCCCGUCCCGUCCCGUCCCGUCCCGUCCCGUCCCUCACGGCAGCGCACCGGCCCCGCGGUGGGGGAAGGGAGGCGCACCUGCCCCGGGGGGAGGGACACUGCUGGUCUGCCGCCCUGUGCCCUGGAGCCCCCGGGCCGACCCCCGACGUGGGCGGGAGUGAGCGGGGCUGGGGACCGCCGCGCCCCAGCGCGAGCCCUCCCGCCUGGGGCGCUGAGGAGCCGGGCCUGCGGCUCCGGCAGCCUCGGCCCGCGAGGCGCUCGGGCGCCGCCAUCCCGGGUGCGGGCUCGGUGGGGGCGGCGGCCGCGCAAACGCGAAUAUUUCGGAGCCGCGGCUUCUGCUUCCUGGUCUGACUUGCUCUGCUCUCGCUCUGCUUGCUGCGUUGUCCCUACGCGGCUGGCGGAGGGGUUUGUGAUUGUGAUGCAAGGAGAACAACUGUAGUUUGCUUUCUCCUCUGAACACUAGCGCUUUCCAAGUUAAAUUGAAUAUUUGCCCAACACAGCUUCUUGCAGGAAGACCACCACACUGUUUUGCAUUUAGGAAAAUUGAGAAUAAACAGGGAGUGUUGUUCUCUCUGAAUUCAAAAAUCUGUGCCUUGCCGAAGACAACUGCAGGAAUCGGAAACUUGAAUCAAUGUUAUCGGAUGAGUUAGAAUCCAAACCUGAGCUGCUGGUUCAGUUUGUUCAGAAUACUUCUAUUCCACUGGGGCAAGGGCUGGUGGAAUCGGAACCAAAGGACAUCACCUGUCUUUCUCUCCUUCCUGUUACUGAGACCUCAGAAUGCAACAGACUGAUGUUGCCAGAUGAUGAAAGAGAUCUCACUUCUCCAAGUCACACUAAUUCUUCCAAAGAUGUUUCUUCAUCUGCUGUCUUGAGAAGCCUCCAGGUAAAUGUGGGCCCUGAUGGAGAGGAAACAAGGGCACAGAAUGUACAGAAAUCAUCUGAGCUUCUGUCAACUUCAGAGACUUCCAGUUUAUUGCAAGAUCUCCAGCCCAGUGACAGCACUUCAUUUAUUCUUCUCAACCUAACGAGAGCAGGGCUGGGGUCUCCAGCAGAACACUUGGUGUUUGUUCAAGAUGAAGCAGAAGAUUCUGGGAAUGACUUUCUCUCUCAUGAUAGCACAGACAGCAGUACCCCAUGGUUCCUACGAGUGCAAGAAUUGGCCCAUGACAGUUUAAUUGCUGCCACUCGGGCACAGCUCGCUAAGAAUGCCAAAGCAAGCAAUAAUGAUUUUGGUGGUAUUUUUCUUCCAGGUGAAAAUGUUCAUCUUUGCUCAGGAGAUGGGCAGCCGAAAGACUCUAGCCCCAUUCCUCAUUUAUCUCGUGUGGAAAGGAAGCUGAAGUGCACAGUUGAGGGCUGCGAUCGGACAUUUGUGUGGCCAGCUCACUUCAAAUAUCAUCUAAAAACACACCGGAAUGAUCGCUCCUUCACCUGCCCAGCAGAAGGCUGUGGAAAAAGUUUCUAUGUCUUGCAGAGGCUGAAGGUUCAUAUGAGAACUCACAAUGGUGAAAAACCCUUUGUGUGCACGGAGCUGGGCUGUGGGAAACAAUUCACAACAGCUGGAAAUCUGAAGAACCACCUACGAAUUCACACUGGGGAGAAACCAUUUCUGUGUGAGGCACAGGGAUGUGGUCGCUCCUUUGCUGAAUACUCCAGUCUUCGGAAACAUUUGGUUGUCCACUCAGGAGUGAAGCCCCAUCAGUGCCAAAUUUGUGGGAAGACAUUUUCCCAGAGUGGUAGCAGAAAUGUGCAUAUGAGGAAACACCACUCCCGAAUUGGAACAGCUGGCAGCAGAGAGCGAGAACAGCCAGAGUCACUGAUGGGGAGCAGUUUGCUGGAAGAAUCUACAGUGCAUAGUAAGAAUCUCAUCUCUAUGAACUCUCAACCUAGCCUCGGGGUUGAGUCUCUGCACUUGCCAGAUACUGAGUCUAUUAUUGGAGUGGAGGAGGGUGAGACCAGCUGCUCUUUUUUCCGCCCUCUUAUAUGUGGUGACUGAAGUGGGAUCGAUCAUUCCUCGUAGAGGCUCACGAUGUUGCAGUGGGAUGAGUGAACAUUGCUUUACUGUGCACAGUGGGGGCGGGUAAAUGAAGAAUGAAUCAUAAAACUGGAGUUGGAGAAGACCUACUGGACCAAGUUUCUCUCUUGCAGAGCUUCAGGGGUGAAGUCUGCUGCUUAGGUGUCAUUUAGCAUGGUGUCAUCCAUGUUGUGGAAUGCCAUUUCAAAACUGUUACUGCAGUCCAUUCUCUUAAAGCCUAAAGCAUUUGCAUUGCUGGAGCACAUAGGAGCCCCAGUUAAGGACCAGGACCUCAUUGUGCUAGGCACUGUACAAACACUGAGUAUCUUGAGUAACAGGCCUUCCAUCCUUUACCUUCAGAGACUAUAUUCUAAUACAUCUCACUGUCAGAAGCUGAUUUAAUAUCUGAAAUAAAUGUACUACUCAAUAUCA